UUUGAAGAUGGUGAAUGUGUAUUGUGAUAAAAACUGAUAAUUAUCUUAUCUUUUUCUAUAAUGUUCAUGUAACUUAAAUUCUAUAAAUUAAGGAUAUAAUUAAUUAUAAAUAAUUAACUUAUUACUUAGUAAGUGAAUAUAAAACGUGUAAAAAUGGAUACCCUAAGGUUUUAUUUCGUUACCUGGAACGUAGCGACUAAGUCUCCAGGCCAAGAUCUUAAUUCCUUGCUGGAUUUUCCUUCUCAGUUCAAUAAAAAUAAACCACUUCCAGAUUUUUAUGCUAUCGGGCUACAAGAGGUGAAAUCUCAGCCACAGAACAUGUUAAUGGACUCCCUAUUCAGUGACCAGUGGACACAAAUGUUAAACAAAAUCCUUUGCCGACAAGGUUUCGUUGUUGCCAAGACCAUUAGACUGCAGGGCAUCUUACUGAUUGUUUACAGCCAAAUGAAACAUUUACCACACUUGAGGGAUAUUGUGGCGCAGUAUACAAAAACUGGACUAGGUGGACUUUGGGGUAACAAGGGUGCGGUGAGCGUACGGUUCAACAUCUACGGUGUGUCAGUGUCUCUCGUGAACUGUCAUCUGACCGCGCACGAGCACUUGCUCGCCGAGCGCAUCAACGACUACAACACUAUCGUGAAGGAGCACUUUUACCUCGUCGGCGAGACUUCCAACAUCCUGUAUCACGAUUAUGUAUUCUGGAUGGGGGAUUUGAAUUUCCGUACCGACCACCCGGCCGGCAGCGCUCCGACGUCAGAAGAGAUCGUGGCCACUCUACAGAAGGUCGAGAAGGACAAGUACACCGCCCUUCUGAAACACGACCAGUUGCUAGCGGUCAUGGACAGCGGGGAGGCGUUCUCGGAGUUCACAGAAGCGGAAAUAAGAUUUCCCCCCACGUACAAGUUCAUGACUGGGAGCGGCGAUUACGAUUUGAAACGAAAGCCUUCGUGGACGGACAGAAUAUUGUACAAAGUGAUAGCGAACAACUAUGAGAACAUCACGUUGAGGGCUGACUUGAUAUCGUACAACCACAUACCACACUACACGGUCAGUGACCACAAGCCAGUGGUCGCGCAAUUUAAUAUUAAGAUUCGCCAAAAAUCCGCACCCGCAGUAGAUACGCCGCCAAAGGCUGCUAGAUCACAAAUACGCAUGCGCUCUGCAAUGGUUGUGCACGAUAGUACAAGUCUCGGAGUGGAGGAAGGCUUAGAAGCAUGUGCUGCAGAGCCAGAGCAAGUAGAGAGCACGGCUGAGCAAGAUUCCGAAGAAACGGCGUUCGCCAACUACACAGUGAGGACGGUGGAGUUCGAGCCGAUCUCGCGCAUUUGGUACAUCGGCGACGCGGACUUUAGGACGAAGUGCACGCUCUCACCGGACGUGGAUAUACAGCCCAACGAUUGGAUCGGCAUUUAUGACGCCAACUUCCACAGCUUGGACGACUACAUAGCGUACGAGUACCUUGCCAAAGUGAGCCUGCCGCAGACGCCGCCGGUGGCCGGCCAGCCGCGCACCAUCACCCUCAGCUUCCCCGUCGGCAGCGGCGUGCGCACGCCCGGCUUCUACCGGCUCAUAUACUUCAGCCAGCCCAGCAGCGAAGUCAGGAGUGUACUUGGUAUAUCAGAACCGUUCGAAGUGAGCAGUCGAGAGGACAGGUUAGUAUCGCUCGACCCUUGCAUGGAGGCGUCGAGCAGUUCGUCCCCCGGCAGAUCCAAGCCCUCCACCACCACGGACAUAUUCACCGACUUCACCGGCCUGGACGUGGCCAAGCUUUCGCGGCAUUUCUCAAACGAUCUGAGUAUUGACUGACUAAAGGGUUACAUGCCUGGCUCGCCGGCGAACAAACGGAAGGACGCGGCUUAGAUUUAUCUCAGUAAUAGACAUGUAUAGCUUGGCAAAUUCGUUCGUAACAAUACCGAUCCGCGCGGGCCGGGGAGAGCUACGCCCGCGCCCUUUCCCCCUGUCGCCCGCAUAUCAUGGGAGUGUCAUCAACGAAUAUGCCAAGCUAUAGUAAAGUAUUUAAAGUAAGGACAAAACGGGCUCAAUAUAGGAAAAGUUUAUCGUGUGUGGCAUCUAUCACAAACUUAUGGACUAUCAACUAAAGCUAUUUGUAUAUAUAUAUAUAUAUGUCGUUGUCUACAAAGGAUUUCAGGAUAUUUAUUACUUUAAUAAGGAUUUGAUAAUAUUAAUUAAUAUUAUCACUAAAUCCUGAUUUUAUUUGAAAAUCAAUAAGUGAGACUUAUCUUGAAAUGAAAUUGGGAAAAGCAUAUUUUUGUUAUUUUUCCUUAUAUGAUUGAUAUAUAUUCUCUGUAGUACAUCUUGAUGUCUUAUAUUUUCUCUAAAGGCAGUGAGUAUUAAAAUUAAACUGAAAUUAUAAAAUUAAUAAUAUCAUAUUAAUUCGUCGACUUUUGGAUGAAAUUUACUCGGUAUUUUUGAACAGUGUAUUUCUUCAAUGUAUCAUAUGUAUGUAGUAAUAUAGUUUCUAAGAAAUCCAUCACAAUUUUCGUCUUAUGACUACAUAAAUCCGGAUUAAUUGGAAGAGAGCUAUCGAAAGGAGACUGUCCAAUAUUGAGCAUACAGACAUUUAUAAUUUGGGUAUAUACAAAUUGAAUAAACACAGAAAGAAAGAUGAAUUUCAUAUUUGAAAAAAUGGUCAGAUUAUUAUCUUAUUUUUUUAUUUAGAUGGUCUAAAACCUUACAAUUAAAAUUCUUCAUUGUACAAACAAUAUCAAAAAGAAUACAAAAUAACUUAUCGUUCGGUUAUAUUGCUUACAGCAAUUCCUUCCAGUCAAGUUAAAUUUUAAGUUUUUUUUUUAAUUUUUUUUUUAUAUUCUUUACAAGUUAGCCCUUGAUUGUAAGUGAUGGUAAGUGAUGAGUGAUAAAAAGUGAUGAGUGAUGAUGUUAUCUAAGAUGGAUGAAAUCCACACUCCUUUCGGUUUCUACACGACAUCGUACCGGAACGCUAAAUCGCUUGGCGGUACGUCUUUGUCGGUGAUAACUAGCCACGCCCGAAGCCUCCCACCAGCUAGGCCUGGACCAAUUUAGAAAACCUCAAUCGGCCCAGCCGGGGAUCGAACCCAGGACCUCCGUUAUUAAAUCCACGGCGCCACGGAGGCCGUCAAAAGGCCGCCGUUUUUGUUAUAUAAAACGUAUAAUGCAAUUAUAAUACCUAAUAGGGUAGUUGAUUUAUAUCAAAUUUAAUAUAAAUAAUAUUAAUUUUAAUUUCAAAUCGGAUUCGAAAUUAUUAUAGUGACGUCAUGAAACAGUUGAAAUAUAGACCAUCAUGGCCGACAAGCGUUUUGAAACAUAUCUAAAAACUAAAAUUACCGUACCGUAUAUAGAUAGAUGUACCGUCUAAAAAAUAUCAAUAUAUUUUUCUAUAUAGUAGAACGAUAAUGAACUAUUUAAGACCAUUUAAAAAAAGUGUCAACUACCCUAUUGCUAUAAAUAAAACAAAAAUAAAAAAAAAUAACUAAAUACACGAUUUGUCAUUUGCUCCUUACAACUUUGGUACCGUCUCCUUUCGAUCCUAUUAGGUAUAGCUUCAAAGCUUUUUCGUGUAUUUGACCUACAAUUAAUUUAUAUAUUAUUGGUACUUAGGUACUAUUUGGUGCAAGGUUAGUUAGUGCAAUUUGACAUUGAUGUGCAAAAUAUUUUUUUCAUGUGAUUUUGUAAGUACAAUUUAUAUUAGGAUUAGUUAUAGUUACUGGUAAACUGGUAUUAAGUUUAAAUAGACAAAUUGUUUCUUAGCCCACAUUCGCACGAGAGUUUUUUAAUCGGACGUUAAAAAAGCGUUCAAAUUAUGAAGUUAAAUGAAGGUCUAUAUCCAACGCCCAAAAUUGAAAAUGCAACACUGUCGUGUUUUAAAAACUGUGUCGUGUGAACAUAUACUUGAAAAUGCAUUUGUUGUAUUUAAACGUUUUUUUAACGUUCGCUAAACUCUCGUGCGAAUGAGGGCUUACUCUUAGUUCCAAGCUUGACAUUUAACUUAUGUAAUAAGUAGUUCCAAUAUUUUUCUAACGCCUUGGUACAGUAAGAAUUGUAGUUAAAAUAGGCAAAAUGUAAAUAAAUAACUUAUUUAAUAAAUAAUUUAAUAAAAUAA